GUGUGGAGGGGGAAGCACGUCGCCUCCAGUGGUCUUGUGUUCCCAGGAUGUCUGGCUUCAUGGAAUUCCUGGGCGUGGAGGACCGGGAUGGCUACGGAGGCGGCCACGGGGGAUACGGGGAUGGCCACGGGGGAUACGAAGGCGGGCAUAGCGGUUACGGAGGCGGCCAUGGUUCCUAUGGUGGAGGAUACGGGUACGGUUCACACGGGCAUGGAUACGGGCACGGAUACGGAGGACUGGACCCUAUAUCCGUUCUGGCAAUCCUAUGCUUUCUGAGUGCCUUGACUUACCUAUUUUGGUGGUGUAUGAAGAACCCAACUCGGUGUAUCUCGAAGCCAACAACACCGACCACACCCUCCUCCACUACCACCUCCUCCAUGCGCUCCCUCCCCGCCUCCCUCCACCAAGGAUUCGAAGCAGGGCCGAGUGUUUGGGGCUUCGAAGUGACAACAGUGAACCCUGGUUAUCUAGGGACCUUUUCGGGCUUGUCUGGAAUGCCGUGGGGUAAUUUUAGCUCAGUUGGGAACCUUCUUCGUUUGCCGGGUUAUGUUUAGUGUGUGUGUGUGUGUGUGUGUGUGUGUGUGUGUGUGUUCAGCUGUGGUUUUGUUAUUUUUAUUUACUUUUUUUUCAUUUUUGUCUAUUCAUGUACUUUUCUUCUUUUUCUUGUGGUUU